AUGUCGAGCAGACAGCUGCAUUCAACUAUUGUAAAUCCACCACCUCCAGAAUACAUUAACCGCAAAAAGACAGGACGUCUUACAAAUCAGCUUCAGUACCUGGAAAAGGUGGUAUUAAAGGCUUUAUGGACGCACAACUUUUCUUGGCCCUUCCAGCAGCCUGUAGAUGCGGCAAAGCUUAAUCUUCCAGAUUAUUAUCAAAUUAUAAAAAAUCCAAUGGAUUUGAGUACAAUAAAGAAACGACUGGAGUAUAAAUAUUACACGAAAGCUCUGGACUGUAUGCAGGAUUUCAAUACAAUGUUUACCAACUGUUAUAUUUACAAUAAGCCUGGCGAUGAUAUUGUUUUAAUGGCACAAGAACUGGAAAAAAUAUUCAUGCAAAAGAUUGCAGAAAUGCCACACGAAGAAAUAGAACUAUCUGUGGUGGGAAACAGGGGAGUAAAACACAAAAUACAAGUCUCUUCUGCCGGAGUAGAGUCUCGGGAGGAUAUAGCUCAUCCUUCUGUUGCCAAGAAAAAGCAACCUACCCAAAAGAUGCUGAGAAAUCCCUUUCCACGUCCCAUUGUGUCAAUGUUACCAGAGCGGACAGCUCUUGUUCCACUGUCCAUUAUGAAGCCGAUAAAUGUGGGGGUGUCAACCAGUCCUGUAACAAAGAUGAAAAAAGGUAUCAGAAGGAAAGCUGAUACAACAACUCCUUCUGUGUCCCUCAUUCCAACCAGCUGUGAAUCUUCUCCAACCUUCUCUGAACCAAAGCCAACUGACUUGACACCAAGGGUGGUGCAAACCAGGGGGACUGAUGCUUGUGUGCGGGAUCUACCUGAUUCUCAGCAGCAAAUACAUAUUUUCGAACGAAAACCGCUUUCCGAACAGUUGAAACAUUGUAAUAACAUCCUUAAUGAGAUGAUGUCCAAAAAGCAUGCGGCUUAUUCUUGGCCUUUCUAUAAACCCAUAGAUUCUGCAUCUAUUGGCUUGCUGGAUUAUGAUGUUAUAAAUGGUCCUAUGGAUCUUGGAACUAUCAGAGAUAAAAUGGACAACAGACAGUACAAAGAUACACAGGAAUUUGCUUCAGAUGUUCGUCUGAUGUUUAUGAAUUGUUACAAGUACAAUUCACCAGACAGUGAAGUGGUGAUCAUGGCCAGAAAGUUACAGGAUGUGUUUGAGAUGAUGUUUGCCAAGAUACCCGAUGAGCCUGCUGAUACAGUAACCCUGAAACACAGUAUGAGGUACAAGCCCUCAUCUAAUGAAAACAGUAGUUCUUCUGAUGACAGCUCUUCCUCAGAAUCAGAAGAUGAGAGGGCACGAUGCCUUGCUUUGCUUCAAGAACAGCUGAAAGCUGUGCAAGAGCAACUGAAAGCUUUAACAGAGGGGCCAGCUGCUAAAAUCCGGAAAAAAAAGUCUAGAAAAGAGAAGAAAAAGGUGGCUAGAGAGAAGAAGAAGCGACUUAAAAAGAAACAAAACCAAAGUCAGAAAAAGAGAAAGCUUAAACAGAAAGAGCCAAAAAAGAAAUCUUGCAAUGACUCAAAGAAAAAGAAAUUGGCACUAUCAGACGACGAAGAUAAUGUUAAACCGAUGAGUUAUGAUGAAAAAAGACAGCUCAGUCUGGACAUCAAUAAGCUGCCAGGGGAGAAGCUUGGACGAAUUGUCCAUAUAAUACAGUCUAGAGAGCCGGCACUGAAAGACUCUAAUCCACAUGAAAUGGAAAUAGAUUUUGAGACCUUAAAACAAUCCACCUUAAGGCAUCUACAAAGAUAUGUCAUGGUUUGCCUGAGGAAGAGAACCAAAAAAUUGAUCACUGAAAAAGCCAUAAAAACAAAAGAGGAGAUGGCCAAGGAAAAAAAACAAGAACUGGAGAAAAGGCUUCAGGAUGUCAGUGGACAACUAACAUUGGCAAAGAAGGCUAAAAGCACAGAAGAAGUUAUUACCCUCCCACAGCCGAUAGGAGGACCGAGCCGAUUAAGCGAGAGCAGCAGCUCCUCUUCAAGUUCUGAUGACAGCAGCACUAGUGAUUCCACUUCAUCUGAUAGCAGUGACUCGGAAUCAGGCUUUACCCAGCCAUUAUCACCAAUCCACUCUCCAUUAUUGGGGCAAACUCAUCCUUGCAGCCCACCCGCAUCUGAGAAGAGUAUAGUCACAGCAGACGAGACCAAGUCGGAGGCUUCGUUUCUAAGAAGCAUAGAGCAGCCUGCUACCACAACUGAACCCUCAAAGGCUUCCAUGACAUGUCCUGGAAUAUCUUUUGAUGUUACUGCUAAGAUACCUGGAGAUCUUUUAAAACCAGAAGAUAUGUCAAAUCUAUUGGAUCCGCCCAGUUUAUCAAGCUGUGUGCCAGAGAAUUGUAUGGAGUCAUCUCAUGGAGACGUUGUAAAGACUCCCGUAAGCACCAACAGUGCAGAUAACAUAAAAAAGGCAAAAUCUUCCUUCUCCUGGGCAGAUUUCUCCAAGUCACUCACUACAACCCCUGUGACUAUAAAAUCAUCGAGCAAUAGCUUCCAGCAGUUCCGAAAAGCUGCCAUAGCAAAGGAGGAGAAAGAGAGAGCCUUAAAGGUUCUAGGACUAAAAAAGAUAAAAGACCCACAGCCUGAGACAGAGGACAAGAUAAGAGGACAAAGCGAUGAAGCAGGGAAUCAACCAGCAUCUACUGAAACAAAAGUUCUUGAAAUUCCAACCCAAACUGUGAAUGAGGCUGCCAAAGAGGCACAAGCCAAUGAGCUCAUGCAACAUGGGGGAACCGAAGAUGACCUCAGACUGGCUCGGAUGAGAGAACAAGAGCGUCGACGCAGAGAGGCAAUGGCUGGCACCAUUGACAUGUACCUUCAGAGUGAUAUAAUGGCAACUUUUGAAGAGUACCUUUGUUGACUUGCAAUGAUUA